AUGCGAUCCUCUCCGCCGCCAGCGACUCCCGUGAGCCCCUUCGCUCCGCUCUCUGCGGCAGCAUCAUCUUUGCAAUUCUGCAGUCCUUCCUGCCUUCAGCGACCGGGUGAACAGCAGCGUCAUCUCGUCGCCCAAGGCGCACCACGGCUCCUUCCGAACAUGGUAUUCCUCUCCCCGGUCAGAAUGUUUAAGCGAGAGGAAGCUCACGAGCGCCGGCGCCGCGCUUUUGGCUCCAAACUUGGCGGCGCCAACUGGCGAGUCACUCCAGAGGAAAUCUUCAAGUCGGUCUUAAGAUUGCGUCUUGCUUCCCAAGACCAAGACGACGUGGAAAACAUCGGUAUUCAGCGUUUCCAGCUCCUACCCAAGCGGCGCCAGUUGUCUUCGCUGCCGCGGCGUCAGUCAGAACAGACAAAGAGGUGUGCGGCAACGUGCAUACCCGAUAUCGAAACUAGUAUAUCCCGCAAACCGAAGAGCACGCUCAAGCUAUUGCCGCGGGGCACCUCAUGUGUGGCACUCAACAAGGGACGGCGUUCCGGAACCGGCGUCCGGCAUACACAUCUUCUCAGACUCGCGGUCGGCGCUGCUAUGCGUACAGAAUUUAGGGUCAAUCUUUGUGGAUAG